GUUAGCUCAUUCCACUAAUAAUGAGUACCAUCUUCCCAUCUCUCCUAGUCCUUAUAUAUAAAUGAUUUUCACACACCAUUUACUUCAUCAACCACAUUAUAUCCUUCUCAUAUCGGUUUCAUUUGCAACACAAAGUUUACUAUUCUGUGCUUCCAAUUUUAAGAGAAAAGAAGAGUCUUGCAAGGGUAGAAGAUGAGUUCAACAGGUAGAGCAAUUGUGGCAGCCAGUGUUGGAGUUGUGGAAGCCAUGAAAGACCAGGGGAUCUGCAGGUGGAAUUUUAUCAUAAGAUCAGCGCAACAACAUGCAAAGAAUAAUCUCAGGUCGAUUUCCCAGACCAGGAACCUUUCUUCUUCAACUUCUGCUAUGGUUUCAAGCAAAUUAAGAGACGAGAAAAUGAAACAGUCAGAAGAGUCUCUGAGGAGAGUCAUGUACUUGAGUUGUUGGGGUCCCAAUUGAUGGUUAUAGUCGGCUAAAGAAGGUGACCUUUUUUUCGAGUGAGCCAAUGAGUUCCGAUGGAAUUUCUUUGAGUGAAGGAAGAUUAAUACGUACAAGACAUCUUGUACAAGGCAUGGAAGAUUCUGAUGAGUCUUAUUAGUCGUGCUUUGUGCUUGAAAUUUGCGACAAAUUGACAAACAGACGAUUUUUGUAGCUCGGAUGUAAAUUGUAAAUGAUAAAUUUUUAUAGCAAAGAUGAUAUAUUAUUUACUACA